CCUGCCAUUUUGGCAAGGUUGGAGACUGUGGAGAGGGGGCAGGCCGCUCUGCUAAGAGGACAAACAGCGAUUAUGGAUCAGUUGAAGACCAUAAUGACGCUCCUGCAAGAUCAUGGAAGGCCGGCAGCAAAUUCACAGCCACAGCCACAGCCACAGCCACAACCGGAAGAGGAGGCUCGGACACCGGAAGAUGACUUCAUUCUCCCAAAUGAUUACCAACCGGAUGAUGAUGACAUGUUCUGUACACCUGAGAAGACGAAUAUCACCAGCAUCGGGGAUACUCAGGAUUCUGAGGUGCAGGUGUUAGAGACAGCUCCAGAAGUCAUGGAGAACCGGAGGAAGAGAAGGCGGCCUAGGUGGUUCGCUGAGUACACUGAAAUGAAGAAGAAGGCUAGGGCUACUUCGACACUCGUGAAUGCGGACCCACUUAGAGUGGUUGAUCGGAAGCUGCUCAAGACUUUUCACAAUUGGGUACUCGGCCAGAUUGGGAACAAUUACCCGAGAGAGUGCUUCACCGGUCGAUACCAUUCGUCUUGGUUCCUCGAACUGCAUACUCCGAAAUUUUGGCUUGGGAACGAUCAUUUGGAUGCGGCAUUCCAUUUGAUGAGGAGGCGGCAACACUUUUAUCCCGAGUCCUACCCGAAUAGAUGUGUCAUAAUGCCGUGUAUUUUCCCAGCAGGAGUUAUUGCUCGGUGGGAAGCUGCGGGUGAUGACCAGGCUAACUAUCAGUGGGACGAGGGCAUAUUAGAUUUGAUCCGAGGGGAUGAAAGUCAAUUCUUGGCCAGUUGGAAGAACAAGGAGAGAAUAUAUAUGGCCCUCUACUUCGAUGGAGCAAAGCAUUGGGUGGCAUUAGAGAUAGAUCUGGAUCAUUGGUUGUUGAACAUAUUUGACUCCAGCCUCGGAUCGAUUUCCACGAACGAAUUGAACCGUCACCUGGAAAUGUGGGAAAAAUUACUACCAAAUUUGCUGCUGCAGGCUGGCCUAUUCGAGAGUCAUGACAUGAUCCUCUUGCCUCAACUUACCGCCUCAGAGAGCCAGGUCAGAAAUUUCACUUCAAAAGUCAUGGAUCGGGCCGUUGUUCCACAGACAAAGACAAGCGGUAACUGCGGGAUGUACGUGAUAGAGCACAUCGAGCAUAGUAUGCUGGAGACUACGUUUGAUAAUGUGCACGAUGAGAAUAUGAAGAAAUUUAGAGAGCGGUGGUGUGUAGAUUUGUUUUACCAGAAUUUAGCAUGAACAAAUGUUUUUUUUAUUUGGUAUUUAUUAAGAUAACAAUGUAAAUGGUUUUUUUUUAUUGGUAUGUUUAUGUUUUUUCAA